AUGGGCUGUGUUGCAUCAAGAAUUGAUGAAGAAGAGAGGGUGAGAAUUUGUAAAGAACGCAAGAAGCUGAUGAAGCAAUUAUUAUCUUACAGGAGAGAAUUUUCUGAUGCUCAAGUAGCUUACUUGAGAUCACUUCGAAACACCGGCAUAACUUUAAGGCAGUUCACCGAGUCCGAAUCAUUAGAACUCGAUGACUCGGCCUCGAAUAUCCGAUUCCCCCCUUCCCCUCCGCCACCUCUUCCGCCUUCCCCUCCGCCCCCACCCACUUUCAGCCCCGAUUCCUCGAAAUUCAAAAACCACAAGCCAAGCGAGUCCCUAUCGUCAGCAGAUGAAAUAACCGAAAUCGAUGAGGAAAGCAGUGGCACUCCGCCUCCUCCCGUCCCAACUUCUUCUUGGGAGUAUUGGGACGUGUUUGGCUCCGCCUUGCCACAUUGCGUGAAAAGUGAGGAUGAUGAGGAGAAUUGGGUUGAUGCGAAUACCGAAUUCGUGGCAGAUGAUGAGGAAAGUUCGGAUUUUGAUGGCAACGGUAGAGUUAGUAGUGUGGGCGUUGAACUAGUUGAAGAUAGCUCGUCUGUGGUGAGCUCUUCGGAUAUGGCUAUGGUGGUGUGGAGAGGGAGGAAGAAGAAUUUGGCUGGUGUGGUUAAGGAUUUAGACGAGCAUUUCCUGAAAGCUUCGGCUGUGGUGAAGGAUAUCGCCAUUUUCAUAGAUAUCGAGGCUGGUGGGACUUUCGUUUACCAGAGUUUCAAGGAGAAUAAGAGGAAGAGAAGCAAUCCAGCUAAGGUUUUUAGUGCCCUCACUUGGAGUUGGUCAUCACGAUCACUUCAAUCUCCUAAAGAUAGUGGAAAUUCUCAUGAAUCUAACGACCCCUGUAAGCCGGGUGCUCAUUGCAUUACUCUCCAAAAGCUUUAUUCAGAGGAGCAAAAACUCUACAAGGAUGUUAAGGAGGAAGAAAUGGCCAAACUGGAGUAUGGUAGAAAGUCGGUAUUAUUGCAGCGAUUGCAUGAAGAGCACGAUUAUGCCAAAGCUGAGAAAGCACGUUUAGCAUAUGAAAGCUUGGAAUGUUACAUAUUAUCUCUGCAAGACUCAAUUCGAAAGUCAUCAUCGAACUUAUUGACCCUCAUUACCAAGGAGCUCCAUUGUCAGCUGAUCACACUAACUUCAGGACUGAUGCAUAUGUGGCAAACAAUGCACGAUUGCCAUGAACUUCAGAGUCAUAUUUCUCAGCAGCUGAAUCAUUUAGCCGAUCAACAGAAGAUCGAGCCGACUACUGAGUCUCACCGUCAGGCGGCUGCUCAGCUUCAGACAGAAGUCAACUCUUGGUACCUUAGCUUUUGCAAGCUUGUUAAAUUUCAACAUGAGUACGUGAGGGCUCUAUGCAAGUGGUCUGAACUUACGCGUUAUCUCCGAGAUAUUGACUGCUCAAGAAUUGAUGGCUUGAAAAAAGUGCAUACUCUUGCCCAAAAAUGGCUGCAGGCACUUGAUACUUUGCCUGAUAAGAUAGUUUCUGAAGCUAUUAAGGGCUUCUUAUCAACCGUCCACACCAUUGUCGUGCAGCAGCAUGAAGAAUGCAGCAUGCGCAAAAGAUCCCAAAGGCUAGAAAAGAAACUCGAAAGAGAGCUUGCUUUACUUUCGGAAGUUGAGAUGAGAUUAUCCGGAAGCUUCUCGACCGAAGAUUCAAACUCUGUACUGACUUCUUCCAACCACCCUUUGACAAUCAGGCGUGCGAAAGUCGAAGCUUUGAAGGUGUUAGUGAACAGCGAGAAGGUUAAGUACAUGAAUUCUGUUAAAACAACGAGGGUUAUGAUUGUUAAUAGCCUGCAAACGAGUCUCCCCAAGGUUUUUCAAGCGCUUACAGUUUUCUCGAGUGUUUACGCCGAUAAUUUCGAGGAAAUUCUCAGCGAUCAUGAAGACGUGCAGCACACUCCAACUCGUGUAAUUUAA